AGAUAUCUGUUUUCGAUUGGCCUAUACGCUUCCAAAAUGCCCGAACAAAAGGGCAGUUCUGCACUCUCCACGAAGAUAGACAAGAAACGCAAGAGACACGCCGAAGACUCUUCACACCAAAAGACUACACCCGAGAAGACGCCCAGCAACGGCUAUAACAAUAAUCCCGAGGGGCCGAGCAAGAAGAAGCGGAAGAAGACCAAGAAUAAGACCGAGAAGCUUUCGCAAAAGCAGGAUGUCGAGGACCUGGAACGCAAAGGGGGAAUUGACGAGUCUAUCGGGGAGAUGGAUGGGCGGUUGUUGGCCGAUCACUUUGCGCAGAAGGCUAGGAAACUCAACAAGGAGUUGACUGCGGUGGAAUUGGAGGAUAUCUAUGUCCAAGAAUCGACAUUCCUUGAUACAACCUCUUUUACAUCGUCGAGGUCUCUGGAUAAGUUACCUGAUUUUUUAAAUACUUUCAAACCUAAAGGGUGCGAUUUGUCAAAGUCCGCAGAAGAAAAAGGAAGUCCACACACUCUUGUCAUAUCUCCUGCCGCGCUUCGAGCUGCGGACAUAGUAAGAGCACUUCGAAAAUUUCAAACGAAAGAAUCCAUCAUUGGGAAGUUAUUCGCAAAGCACAUCAAGCUAGAAGAAGCCAAACAGUUUCUUCAAAGAGCACGGCACGUAUAUCCAAACUUCAAUUUGAGCUGAACGUUUGAUAUUCUUCUAACAUUCUAUAUAGGGUUAACAUCGGCAUCGGCACGCCUUCGAGGAUUUCAGACUUGAUUACAUCCGGGACACUUAAACUAGAUGAACUUGAACGCAUUGUCAUCGAUGGAUCAUAUAUCGAUCAAAAACAACGUGGCAUAUUCGAUAUGAAAGAGACGCAUUUCCCUCUAUUACAGCUGCUUACUCGCCCGGAGCUUCGUGAACGCUACGGGGCCAAGCAGAAGCAAGCACGGAUCCUGGUAUUUUGAUACCACAUUUUAAUGUGGGGACGCAGUUUCAUUUAAUUACCAUAUCGCUAUGAAUCUCUAAAAGUUGAUGUAUCCCUAGUAAAACUUGGUAAAAACGUAGCCCUAAAUUCCGCCCUUCUCACCGCCAAAUACAAAGGGCAGAAUCACUAGAUCCG